AUGAAUAAGCAAGUGUGUAACACACUCAUUUCUACAAGUAACUCGUUUUCCAAUAGUUUGGAUAGUACAAAAAACUAUCGAUUUAAUAUGAAUGAAGGAAUUUUUAGUAAUUAUUGUACUAGUAACAACUGUAGUACUAAUCACGAAAAAAUUAAUGCUGGAUGUUUAUAUUUGUUUGAUUCAUUUUUUGGGAGUUCUUCUGUGUUUAAGUCUGUUGCAAAAAGUAACAUAAAUGUUGUUGAAUACAUUAUGAUAUGGUUAAGUAAAAUGUUAAACCAAAUCGAUAAUAAAGAAAAACAGAGUCUAAAUUUUUUAUAUAAUAUAUAUAUAAAUAAUGAGAAUUAUAAAAAGCCUAUAUCGAGUUUUACGAAGUAUAAAGAUUAUAAGGAACUUAUAGAUGAAACAAAUAUGAUGAAAAUGGAUAUUAAAGAUAUAUCUAAAUUAUAUGAUGCAUUUAUUACAUUAUGUAUGCUGUAUACUGAAUUUAAUGAAAAAACUCCAGAUUGCAAUAAAUGUUCGGAACGUGCUGAUGAAUUUGUUAAAAAGUAUAAUAAACUUAAUAACUAUUCUGACAUUGCUAAUGAUAGUCCAUAUUAUAGAUUAUUGUCUACACUAUCAAAUGAUUAUAAUAAUUUUAAAAAGAAUUAUAAUGAUGUUAAAUGUUCCAAUUCACCCUUACCAACGAUAGAAAAACCAAAAAAUUAUGUACAAAGUUUUGGAGGUGAUCAUGAACAAACUGUACAAAUAUUAGAACAAAUUUCUGAAGAUGCAUCAUCAAGUUCGUCGAUAUCAAAGAAUUUAUUUAUAGUUUUAUCGAUAUUUGGUGCAAUAGGAUUUUUUUUAGGAAUUUCUUAUAAGUAUUCGUUAUUUGGAUUUCGGAAACGAUUUCAAAAACAAAAAUUAAGAGAAAAGCUAAAAAAUAUAAAGAAGAGAAUGAAUCAAUAA